GUUCACCUCCCCCACCUUCUCGGACCUCAGCUAAGCAGCCUGCCCCCCGUGCCCCAUGCUGGGGUCCACCCCCUACUCCGCUGCCUCCGUCUACUACCGGUCUAGCAUCAUCAGUCUGGGGCCCACCACCGGGAAUGCCCCCACCUCCCCCUCCUCCUCCCGGGCCCCCACCAGCCGUACCUAAAAUGUCAUCAAA